AUGAGGGGUCACUUGUUUAUCACUGCUUUAUUUGCUAUUGCUCAAGUUCAAGGUGCAUUAAAAUAUGAUCCAAAAUUAGAUACUAAUAAUGCACUUCCAACUACAACAAACAAUGGACCAAAAACAGCGCAGACUACUUUAGCCACUUCGAACCAAACGAGCUCAAAGAAGAAGGUUGAUACGACUUCAACUGAUAGUGGACCAAAAGGCUCACCAAGUCUUUCAACAUAUGCAAUCACUCUUGAUGGCAAAUUGACCAGCUUGGUUACAACUUAUUAUUAUGUAACCGAUUCGACUCCAGUUUUAGUGCCAACAGGCAAGGACUUGAGUGCAGUUGAAGGUCCAAAGUUUGACACUACCACCACCAAUAAUGCAGCCGGUCAAACCACUUCUUCCACUUCUACUACCACUUCCACUACAACUACUUCAAGUGUGAAGGAUAAAGCGUCUUCAAGUCUUUCGACGUACUAUGUUACUGUUGAUGGAAAGUUGACUGGUAUAGUGACCACUAUUUAUGCUCAACCAGAAACAACUGAAUUGGUAGGAGGAACAACCACAUGCAUGACACCAAUUGGAGGUGGUCAAGAUAAUGGUAAUACCACCUCAACCACUUCUAUCAUGGUACCUUUCACUACAGACACAGCCUCAACUGAGAAGAAACCUUUGGGUUCUGCAAGUCUCUCGACAUAUGUGAUUACUCUUGAUGGAACUGUUACCAGCAUUGUUACUACUAUUUAUGAACAGGAAGAGACAACUCCACUGGCAAUUCCUACUAACACUGACAAAACCUUGAGCUCCAUCAGUACCACUACCACCACCACUACUACUACCGGUGAGUCUAGCGUAGAUACGACAUGGACUAGUGCUGAACCUUUAGCUUCAGAGCUCAUCUCGACAUACACUAUUACUGUUGAUGGAUCAUUAAUGGAGAUUGUCACUACUAUUACUGAGGGUGAAAAAGAAAAUACAUUUGACGAUAACACCACUACCACUGUGAAAACCACCUCGCAAACAGUCAACAUAGCCUCAACAGUUAGCGAGAAUGAAUCUGCUGCUUCUACACCAAGCGGUGAAGAUGAAAGCAAAGGCGAAGUUAGUUCUGAAACAAAUGGCAAUCAAGACACUGUAAGCUUAGAUGGUCCAAUCACUUCAGAAUCUCCAAUUAGCAUGGAAGGUCCAGUUCCCACUAACGAGGGUGAAAAAGAAGACGAAGAAGAAGAAGAAGAAAAAGAUGAUGAGACAUACAGUUCUGAUCCAUUUUAUACUUCCGACUCCAUUACUAGUAUUGAUAGUCCUGUCUCCACCGAGAAAGUCAUUGACACCACUGUAAUCACCAUCACUUCAUGCGAAGAAGAAGGAGAAGGAGAAAGCAAAGGAGAGAAAUGUGUCGAGACUGAGGUGACUACUGGACUCACAACAGUCACCUUAGACCUGACUGUUUACACCACGUACUGUCCUACUGAUGAAGAAGAGGCUACUUUGACCAAAACAAAGUAUUUAACUACAGUUGUCACGGUAACUUCAUGCGAUGAAGAACAAGUUUGUACUGAGAUUCCAAAGACUACUGGUGUCAAGAUUGUUAGCGAUACUCACACUAUUUACACCACGUACUGUCCAACAGAUGAGAUUCCAAAACCAACUAAGAAGCCAAAGAACAAGAAGCCAAGUACAACUACAAAGUACUUGACCACUGUUGUGACCUUGACCUCUUGCGAUGAAGAAUCAUCAUGUACCAAGGUUAAAAAGACAACUGGUGUCAAGAUCGUUAGCGACAAGACUACCGUGAAAAGCACAUACUGUCCCACGGAUGAAAUACCAAAACCUACCAAAGCUUCAACACCAAAGGCUAAGACUACAGCUAAGAAACCAGCACCUGCGCCAGCUCCAACACCAAAGGCCAAGACUACAGCUAAGAAGCCAGCACCAGCACCAGCACCAACACCAAAGGCCAAGACCACAGCUAAGAAACCAGCACCUGCACCAGCACCAACACCAAAGGCAAAGACCACAGCAAAGAAACCAGCACCAACACCAACACCCAAAGCAAAGACCACAGCUAAAAAACCAGCACCAGCACCAACACCCAAAGCAAAGACUACUGCAAAGAAGCCAGCACCAGCACCCAAAGCAAAGACUACUUCAAAGAAGCUUGAUAAGACUUCAACUAAAACUGUCAACACCUACGUCACUGAAUAUCAAGGCGCUGCUGUUGGUUCAACUAUCGGCGCCAACACAAUUUUUGGCUCCUUAAUAUCAUUCGUUUUUUUCUUCUUUAUCUAG